CUUAAGGGGGAAUUUGAGUAGCUGCUGACGCCCCGAGGAGACGGCACAUUGAGGCUCCACAUUGUCUUUCAGGGUCCUUGGAGGGGCAAGAAGAAGGUGGUGAGGGCACAAAGGGGAUGGGCAGUGUUAGGUUGGAGCCACUGGGGAGGACAGUGUCCAGAAACCUGUGGAGGAAGACUAGUACCAGGAUGAAGAUUCAUUCAGGAAACUGGGUGCCCAGUUCAGGGGCUGUAAUGAGAGGACGUAGCACCUAGAAAGAAGGUACUGCAAGCUGUCGCUUCCCAGUGAAAGUCCAAUGUCCGGUGGAGGCGCACUUCAGUGUCCAGAAGAGGGUAGUACAGUGGGGUGACAGGCAGUACCAAGUUCAAUUGGCAGUGUUCUAGGGGAUCAGUGUGAGGCUAGUGCCAAGCAGGGACAAGGGAAGACCGGGGUGGCGAGGAGGUGAAGCCCCAGGGAGGACACAACGCGCGCGGGCUUUCCUUUACCCGAGAGUGACAUCCUGGCAAAUUUCCAAACCGGACGUACCCGGCUCGGAAGAUGUCUAGCUGGUCAGAGCCAGCUCAGACCAGCGUGGGGGACCUUGGUGACAGUCUGAGAGCCUGGGCAUUAGGUCCCGGAGGGCCGGUGCUCUGCGGGCGGGGUUCUGCUCCACCUGCCUGCAGCGUGGACUGUGCCCUCGACCCGCACGCGGACUGCAGGGAAGGGCUAGGGCCGGGCUUCUCUGGGCCAAGGAUCAAGGUUCCUGGCUGGGUUAGGUAGCCUCGCUUUCCACGCUUCGGGAUCCACGGUCUGAAGGGGGCGCCGUAGAGCCAGGCGCAGCGCGGUACCCGCCGGAGGUGGGACUUAAUUUGUCCCCGCCUUGGGCGGAGUCACCGAGCUUCGAGACUCGCCCACCCAGCCCGAGCCGCUCCGAGGUGGCCCUUCCCGGCGGAAGUGAAGAAGCCCGAGACGGAGGCAGCGGAAGUGGCUGCGUUACGGCAGCCUGUACGCAUGCGCUCUCUGCCUCGUUGCCGCUUUUGGGGCGGUCCUCUGUCCUGUCUUCUUUUCUCCACGUGAGGGGGUGCGCGAAUCCCCAGUGGUGGCCGCGCGCUCAGCACCUCUGCAGCUCUCGUGCCCUUCACGAUGGCGGGCAUCCUGUUCGAGGAUAUUUUCGAUGUGAAAGACAUUGACCCAGAAGGCAAGAAAUUUGACCGAGUAUCCCGUCUGCAUUGUGAGAGUGAAUCUUUCAAGAUGGACCUCAUCUUAGAUGUAAACAUUCAGAUUUACCCUGUAGACUUAGGUGACAAGUUCCGGUUGGUUAUAGCUAGUACUUUGUAUGAAGAUGGUACCUUGGAUGAUGGUGAAUACAACCCCACAGACGACAGGCCUUCCAGGGCUGACCAGUUUGAGUAUGUAAUGUAUGGGAAAGUGUACAGGAUCGAAGGGGACGAGACCUCAACGGAAGCAGCCACACGUCUGCGUCAGUCCAGCAAGUUCAGAGGAGGGCCUUGGAUCCCUUGAAUGGGAUCACAGUGCUUGUGACUUGUCUCGUGGUGCUGGGCGCCCAGGUCUUCUGCAUUCUGCAAGAGCAGCUCGAGAUCUUAAGGCUGAGCCAUCUCUCCAGCUCCUGUGUAAACAGUGCGGUAGCUGUGUAACACUGCAGUGAGUGGUGACACCUUCAUCUGGAUGUCCCCUCGUUCUGGGCCCAGCCGCAUUUCCCGUCUAUUCCAGCUCUGCGUAUGUGUCCUAUGGCGGCCUCCUCAUGAGGCUUCAGGGGGACGCCAACAACCUGCAUGGAUUUGAGGUGGACUCCCGAGUCUACCUGCUGAUGAAGAAGCUGGCGUUCUGAACUUCCGGGAAACCAGCCUUGCCGCUUAGUCACUCGAGCCACGGACAUUGGUCAAGCCUGUGCACGAGCUGUUUGCCUGUAGAAGUGAUGGUGCUCUGUGUCCUCUGUGGUACAUCUUCAGCUUCUCCGAAUUCAGUGGAAAACCGACCAGUCUGUAAAAGGCCAAGUGGGAGAGCCUAGCACGAACCUGAAGUUGUAUUAUUAUUAUUUUUUUUUAAUUAAAGUUUACUUUUUCAGA